GUACUGCCUUCGCGAGGGAGUUUGCAUUUACAUGAUAACAUGGAUGGUUUCAACUUUCCAUACUACUUACUCCGAGACUAACCACUACCGGGAGGCUCCUUCAACUUGCCCGAGCUCGACCGUCUCGGAACCUCAUCGCCUCCCAUGUUGGCCAUGCGUAAAUGAAUAACCCAAUGUUCAUAUCAUAUAAUACGUAUGGUUUUCGCGCUAUAUCAGGAUUAGACAAAAUCGAGGGUUUGACGUGUAGCCAUCUUCUAGGUUUCAAGCAUCGAGAAGACCAAAUCCGAGCACUCAGGCUGUAUAAAUUGACACGUUGUAGCUGAAGCUUUCGUUUUGAAACAGUGAACUAGUGCGUAACCACUGAUCAUGUCAUCGGAUAUUCCACCUCGCUUUGUAUGGCGCCCAUGGAAGUCGGCAAGCAAGAACUCGAGUCUGCUGCCACUUCCACCGGGUCCCCGUUUACUUCCGUUCGUAGGCAACGCUUUCGAUAUAGACGUUUCUCGGCCUUGGCUUACAUAUACUGACUGGAAAGAAAAACAUGGUAGACCAUUUGGAACCUCCUUCAAUACUGCGUAUCUGCCAUAUGGGGAGACACUCCGGAUUCACCGCAAGCUUUUCCAUCAAGCUUUCGGAGCAGAAGCGUCUGCAGAGUAUCAUGAUCUAUACUGUCGCAAGGCGUAUGAGCUCGUCAUCAAUCUCAUUAGCGCUCCUCAUAAGCUCGAGAAGCACCUCGAAAUGUAUUCUGGUUCGCUCAUCAUCACUGCGAUAUAUGGAUAUGAAACCCCGCCUGGCGCAGAGGGUGACCCUCUGAUCCGCCGCACUCGGGAGGCUACUGAGAUAGCCAAGAGAGUGCUGGCUCCUGAAAGAGCUGCACUGCUGAUGGCUUUUCCUUUCCUGGGUCAUCUUCCUUCGUGGUUUCCAGGGGCCACAGAUCGGCGUUUGGCGCCUUAUUGUAGGAGACUUGUUCGUCAGAUGUUGGAUGAACCUUUCGAAAUAGGAAAGGAGAAGAUGACGGAUGACGGACGACCGCCCUCUAUCGUGGCCAGAUUCCUGAACGCGGGUGAUACCUCUCCAGCACAAGAAGAGUUCAUGAAAGGUGUAGCUGUCAGCGGAUUCGUUGUCGAUAUCUUGACAUUCGCUGAACGUUAUACUCCCAAGACUGCAUCAACUUUGCACUCAUUCGUGUUGGCUAUGCUACUCCACCCAGACGUGCAAUCUCGCGCUAAUAACGUGCCAAGCUUUGAGCACAAACCAUUCCUACCCUACAUCGAAGCCAUUUGUCGAGAAGUACUCAGAUGGCAGCCCAUCGUACCGCUAGGGCUGCCACAUAUGACGUCUCAAGAUGAUGUUUACGAAGGAUACUUAAUUCCGAAAGGUACGGACCGUAUUUCCGUUCGUAACCUAAAAACACCCAGGGCUAUAUCUCGAGACGAAAGCCUCUAUCCUGAUGCAUCUCGAUUCGAUCCUCAAAGACAUCUAACUGCUGAGGGGAAGUUGAAAGAUGAUCCUCUUGCGGGACACUUCGCCUUUGGCUACGGAAGGCGUAUCUGUCCAGGACGCCAUUUCGCGGAGCUUUCUCUAUGGGCUGCCAUGGCUUUCCAUUUUGUCCACUACUCGGAAGGCAAUGAUAUCCCAGUGAUUCCGGAGUAUACUUCUGGUCUCGCUGUUGAACCGAAACCGUUUGCUUGCGCCAUCACGAGUAUUAAUUCGCGAAGGGAGGAACACAUGAGAGCCGCGUCUCGGGUGGAUUAAAGCUCUUAUGGCAUGCCUUGUUUAUUCGAUUCCGAAUUAUGAUGAUACAGCACUGUUACAUAAGUGGCGUUCAAGG